AUGGCUACUUCGGACGUCUUGGCCGAUAUUUCAACCACCGAAGAGAAAACAAAAGAAUACACACAAUCGUUUCUGGCUAGGAUAAGAUCCUUUCACAACGACCCACUACACUCAGCAGCGUAUCUCGGCAACCUUGCCCGCUUUUUGCACAAACCCAACCAGAAGUCAGCUAGGCACGCCCGUCGACCGAAUCCGCAGCGGUUCGUGCCAGAGAGCUUGGCCGAAGAGGAAUGCCGACCUUUUGUUUACGAAUAUGCUCUUUUCCCGGAUAUGGAUCCGAAGCUUACAACAUUCGAUGACAUCGACAAGUAUAAGCAGGCCAUAUCGAUUAAAAAUCACAACGCGGACUGUAAUGAGCUAAUAUUUUUGGCUGGACGCCCUUCCCCUGAAUGGCUCUCUGCUGUUGGAGCGCGGUAUAAGCUCGAUCAUCGGUUCUUCCAUCAACAUCUUAAUUUUCUUCCCACAGGCCAAAGAGACUGGUUUACAGCUCCCACGUUGCCAUCAAGAUCCCAUAAUGUACUCCGAUUCUGCAUACCUUCCAUACUCUUCGUCGGCGAGCACCGUUACGUGAAUAUAGUUGAUCUGCAGGAGGCCAGAGGAGAUUGCGAGCGCCGGUUACUGAGUUGCUUUCGAUCGUUUUUAGAAGGGACUUCGACAGAAGCAGGACAGUCGAUUGUAAGGCGAAUAAACAUCCAUAGCGGAGACAACCUCGUCAUCGAGCAAGAGCUCUCAUCCUGUCUGCUCAAGCGGGGAGAUCGCUGGACAGUGCUUGUAUGGACGGACUCCGGCCAAGACAAUGACUUUGCAUUCAUACCCACGCCUGAUACUGAUCGAUUCAAAGGCGCAGUCAACCGCUUAGACUUCUGUCCAGUGUUUUUCGAGAAGGACCUUUCCGAAAAACCUCACCUCUCCCGACCUCCGACUGACGCCCAAAAUCCACGGCUAAGGCAGGCGCUCUCCUCGCUACCUGGUAACUAUGGCCAUACACUUGACUGGACAAAGGCAGCUGUAGACCCGUUGUUUGCGGUUCAAGAACUUUUUACCUUCCACGCCGCAUCGGAAUUGCAAUACGUAAAUAUGCUAGAACAAUUUGCCACGGAUCAAAUCAGUCGGGCCGAGUCAAAUCUGGCAGGAACAGACAUGAGUUCGAUUCUGCACUUCGACUACGCAAGAAGCAUACUCAUCAGGCAUGGGGCGCACAUUCAAAACCUCCUCGGCUCUCUCGACACGUGCCUGAAGGGUUGGAAGCAUCGAGCAACUCAAACUCAUUGUUGCGAUGAAGAACUCAUGUCAACACUCCGGGUUGACCUCAAUUACCUUUCGACUCGUAUUCAGAAUGUUAUCACGCUCUGCGAAGCAGGACGGUCCGCAAUCAUGAGCAAUGCCUCCAUCCAAGAGGCGAAACGUUCCAACGAACAAGCCGUCCUUGUCACGAGUUUGACAAAGGCAACGAAUCGUUUGACUUUUAUAUUCUUGCCAAUCUCAUUUCUUACAUCAGUCUUUGGAAUGAACUUCCGGCAGCUGGGACAAGGAACAUUGUCCAUCUGGCUGUGGGUAGCCAUCGCGCUUCCUUUACUAGCUUGUUGUAUCGUCCUAGUGGAGAGCGGAGGCCACCUAAAGACCAUUUUGUGGCGUGGUCUUAGAUGCUUGAGCGGGCAAAGCUGA